AUGUCUCAACUAUUAGGGAUAACGUUGGUCUAUUUCAAGGGUAUGGUACAGUAUCAGUUAACCUACCCAUUUACCGCUCCUGGUUGGGGCUAUGUUUUGUGUGCUAUCCUUAUCCAGCAGCUGGCGACCAGAUGGUACAGAUACUAUAGAUCAUGGGUCAACGUCCCCGUAGUUGGAGGGCAUGGACUUAUUGGAUCUUGGAUUGCGGCAUUCCGGUGGACAGCGCGAGCACGAUCACUAAUCGAUGAAGGCUACCAGAAGCAUGGUGACUACGCCUUUCAAGUAUCAACUCCAACUCGAUGGGAGGUGUUUAUCUGCAAUGAUGAAAUGGUGCGCGAGUAUCGUAAUUUCACCGACGAACGCUUCUCGGCGAAUGCCUUAUUCGAAGCGAAGUAUACGGUUCCGGGUGCGGCAGAGGGUGUGCAUAAAGUCCCUGUCCCGAUUCUGGCAAAGGCCCUGACCUGGCAGCGCACUCGGGCUGCAACCAAAAGCGAUCCAUACUUUGAGGAGUUCGUGAAAGAGCUACAGCACGCCUUUGAUGCAGAGACCUUGUUUGAUGAUGAGAACUGGAACGACCUUUGCUGUUUCGCUACUGGAACCAGGAUUGUGGCCCAUCUAACAGCCAAGUCCCUGGUAGGGUACCCCUUAUCUCGAGAUAGGGAGCUCAUUGAUCUAUUCGCGGAGUACGGCAAUGCGGUGCCAACUAGUGGGUUCUUUAUUGCUAUGUUUCCGGAGGUUUUGAAACCCUUAGUUGCGAGGUUUUCCAGCGCGCCGAAGAUAUCAGCGCGGCUUGAUACGGUUGUGAUGGAUGAAUUGAAAAAGAGGGAAGUAAACCCCCGGAACGAGCCACAGGAUAUUACGGAUUGGAUUUCAUUCUGGACUCGUACCAACCCUGGGACAUACACCGACCGAGACAUUGCUCGGUCCGUGGUAUCGGCCGUGUUCGGUGCCAUCCAUACGACUACGCAGGUAUUGGUCCAUUGCCUGAUGGACCUGGCCAUCCGGCCUGAAUACGUGCAGCCACUACGUGAGGAAGUGGAGGCCGUCUUGAAUAGAAAUGGUUAUCAGUGGACUAAAGAAGGACUUGAAUCUAUGGAGAAACUGGACAGCUUUGUCAAGGAAUGCCAACGUUUUAAUCCCCUUGAUGCAGGUUCUCUUGCGCGACGAGCUACAAAAGACUUCACUUUCAGCAACGGUCUCCGCAUCCCUGAAGGAACGUUUGUCUUCACACCAAAUGCACCCGUCCUCUUCGAUGAGAAGCAUUACCCGGAUGCCCGGCAAUUUGACGGUUACCGAUUCUACAGGCUGGGAAGGGUUACAGGACGACCACAUGAUUACAAAUUCAUUGCUGCCAAUCCCAAGUACCUCCAAUUCGGAGAUGGGAGACAUAUAUGCCCCGGCCGGUUCAUGGCAGCAGACGAGAUCCGUCUCCUGCUAGCGCAUAUUCUUGUGAAGUAUGACAUCAGACCAAAAGACGAUGGUGAACGUCCGCCAAAUUGGACCUUCAAGAAGAUUUUAUUCCCGGACAUGAAAGGAAUGGUGCAGUUGAAACGGCGGUCGGGCUCUACUUCCCACUCUAACUAG